UUGCUCGUUGUGUUUUCGUCUCGCCCGACUCCGAAGCGGACGUGUUUUUGCGUUCUCCGCGUUCGUUUGUCAGUGAACAGUGACAGAGUGAAUAAAAAAAGGUGUUCUGUUCGACAUUAAACGCAAAAAUAAGAACCGAGAUCACCGGAUAUUAUAAAACCACGUCUUCCAGCGGAAUUCAUCGCGGGUGCAGAAAUCAUUUUGUUGCAACAGUGUCGAUGCAUGGGGGUUGAAUUGUGGGUUGCUGCCGAAGAAAUACAACAGUUCCAGGUCAAUUUAACUUCGUUUUGGUUGGGGAGGAAGUGGAAAAGCCCUUGAAAAGUUUGUUCUCGUAGUGAGUGUAAAUGUACGAUUGAUGUAUCGUAAUGUAAAUAAGCGUCUGGUUCGAGCAGUGCAGUUAUAAUUAAUUGUUCGUGGAAAAUGGUAUCAACGAUGGAGGAAAAGUAAAAGUUGAAAGCUGCUUGUCCAGUUUUAUACUACAUCUGUUGCAAAAAUCAUCGACAGCAAUAAAUUUGCACGAAAAGUCAAGGUGCAAAGCAGAAGGAUUGAAAUCAAAGCGAACUCGCGAAAAACGUUCAACUAUCGACAUCAAAAAUAUCAUCAGCAUCUCUCGUACACACCGAGAUAAUACAAUGAUGUCAGACCCGGAGACAGCAUGGCUAGAAGAACUACUGCAGGACGUUCAGCUGGAGCAAUUCCUAUCUCGAAUACGAGACGAGCUACAGAUCACCCGAUUGGCACAUUUCGACUACGUCCACGUGGACGAUCUGGAGAAGAUUGGACUCGGCAAACCGGGCAUCCGUCGGUUGAUGGAAGCCGUGAAGAAGAAAAAGGCUCAACAGUGGCGACGGAAUAUCCUCUGCAAGUUGAUUGGUGGUGGGAAACAGCAACCACAAAAGAAGAGUGCCGCGUCUGCCUCGAGAGAAAACGAAGAACCUUCGGCACUGGCGUUGACCUGUUUGAUUCAUGAGAAGGAUGUCACGAUGUCCGUCAAGCUUGGUGAUGGCUCCUUUGGUGUUGUGCGCCGUGGUGAAUGGCACGCCCCCGGAGGGCAAAUUGUUCCCGUUGCAGUGAAGGUACUGAAGGCGGAUACAUUGUCUCAACCCGGGGUUAUCGAGGAUUUCUUCAAAGAGGUUCAAGCAAUGCAUGCACUGACUCACUCGAAUUUGGUUCGAUUGCAUGGGGUCGUGUUAUCACAGCCCAUGAUGAUGGUUACUGAACUGGCUGCGAAUGGUUCCCUGUUGGAUACACUGCGGAAGCAGUGCAGGAGUACUUCACUGCCACUGAUUUGGAACUGGGCAGUUCAGGUGGCGACCGGGAUGGCGUAUCUGGAGAGUAAACGAUUUUUGCACAGAGAUCUGGCUUGUCGGAAUGUGCUAUUGGCGGCGGGUAAUAAGAUAAAGAUUGGGGAUUUUGGUUUAAUGCGCGCCCUGCCACAGCAGGAAGAUUGCUAUGUGAUGACCGAACACAAGAAGGUACCUUUCCCGUGGUGUGCUCCAGAAUCACUCCGCUACCGACAGUUUAGUCACGCGUCGGACACCUGGAUGUUUGCGGUCACCCUGUGGGAAAUGUUUACCUUCGGAGAGGAUCCAUGGGUGGGACUGAAUGGCUCGCAGAUUCUGCGGAAGAUCGACAGAGAAGGCGAACGGUUGCACCAUCCGGAUGCAUGCCCACCGGAUGUGUAUCAGCUGAUGUUGCAGUGCUGGGACAAAACACCGGGCGAGAGACCCACCUUUGCGGCUAUUAAGGAAUUUCUGACAGGAAAUCCUCCGCCGAUCUAUCGAGCGGUAAUGAAUUAUAGUGCGGAUAAUCGACUGACACUAGAACAGGGAGAUGCGAUUGCAAUUAUUGAUGAUCGACCGGAGCUUCAGUUCAUUAAAGGUCAAAAUCAGCGUACUUAUGAUAUCGGAACAUUCCCAAGGAAUGCAGCGAUCGAUAGUUCUAGACACCGAAGUGGUACCGGUACCAUAAGUCGACCUUUGCAUGACUCUUUUCGACAUGCAGCACACGGAACGCCGUUUGGGAAGUCAUGGGGUAAUCCAGGCAGCUUAGAAAUGAACGGCGAGGUGAAAUUACGAAGCAAAACCAAGGAAGCUACUAAUGCUGACCGCCGCGGCAAAUGUGUAUCGGAGCAGUAUGUAAAGGAACGUAAAAGCAAUGCUAGUAAGCAGUUCGCCUACAAUAAGCUGGUCAACGAGAAUCAUCAUAAGCAGCAGCAGCUGUUGAAAGAUGGUCGUCCAUUGCGGCCCCCACAGCCACACAAUCCUCCGGCAAAUGCGCCGGGAGGUGGAACAGCAGAGGGAAUUCUUAUCGAUCUCUCCUCUCCUGGGGAAGCGCCUGGUACAUCGAUCGGAAGUACGCCACAAACGCAUCAGCUGGGAAUGGUUGCUAGUGGAAGUGGAAUGCAGCAGUUUACCAGUAUUCUAGAUGAACCGAUUGAUGUGCCAACGGUGCAGGAAGAUGACCAGCCGUCGUUUGUAGAAGAACAGCCAACACGACUUCAACCGCCUCCGUAUCAGAUGCCUCCCAAAUACACGAAUACUAUGAACAUCACCGAGGCUGGUGGAAUUGAGACUGAUCCUUUCGACACGCGAACAGCGUUCGGUGGAAAUGCGGAAGUUACAAAUAUAACUUCGGAUUAUGAGAGUGAAGCUUCGAGUGUAGUUAGUGCUCGUGAAUUGAUGGCAUCUAUCAAGAGGCAACAAACUCUGGAGGAAUCGGCAGAUAACAACAGCGGAAUGGUACCUGCAGUUGCGCCUGUUUACAGUAAUAUCAAUAGGGGAGCUGUUUCAAAGAUAAGUUCACACUAUGGGAAAGUUAGCAACUUUGAAGAUCUUUCGAACUCGAUGAUGGUCAGUAUGGGAAAACAAAAUCAUCCCGGAAGCUCUUACGGCAGCGUAGAGCAGGGAUUGAACGAUUCGCUUGAUGUUAAUUUAAGUAACUUGUCGCUUGAUGGAAACAGUCAGAGUUUGUUGAAUAUGACCCCGAAAAAGUUGGACAAAACAUUCCUAGCAGAGCUGGAGAAAGAUAUCUACAAGAACGACAGCAAUAGCUUGAAUAAUUCACAUACAUAUGUCGCCAAAGCAAGCAGCAAGGACGGUAUGAAUCAAAUCUCCAACCUGAUGAAUUCGCUGUCUAAAUACGAAAGCACUGGCGCUUUCGAUAACUACCACGAGUUAGAAAAUAUGAGCUCGAACAAAAGCUUGAACGCAAACUUGCAUCAAAUGUAUGCGAACAAUUCGGCGGUUGAAAGCUUCCAACGCAAAAACUAUGAGAGCAGUGCAACGGUGCAAAGUAUGCUGUCGCCAAAGAAACAAAACGCACCGCCCGAUACUAGCAGUGUCGUGACACAGAUGUGGAUGGAACGUAACUCGGCCGCGUCAACGAGUGGCAAUGAACUCACAGUUUACGGCAACCUUACCGGUGGUAGCACGUCUCCUCAAAAAACGCACAACUAUGUGGCAGUAUCCAACCGUCCACUGUCACGGAUACAGAAUGACACUCGACUAUACGGUUCCACCCCCAAUAUGGCCGCAUUAAACAUAGCGGCUCAGCAGUUGCAACAACAGCAACAACAACAACAGCAGCAGCUGCCACAGGAAACCGGGAUUGCCAACAUCUACAACAGUGUGUAUAACGGCAACGAUAUUUACUCCACUAUUGGUAGUGACAUCUACGACACGGUCGCCGCAACACCCUCUUCCUUCUACGAGCGAGUUCCUGUCAAUCCUGCAUCACAGCAGUUGUACAAUAACGUUAGUCAAUUACCACCGCCUGCAGCCAUCUACGACGAGGUUUAUAACGAGGACCUACUGCGGCCCACGAGACCAGCUCCAUCGGCACCGCUUUCCGCCCAGCAAAUUCAGCGGCGGCUGGAUCGACUGGCGCAACAGGAUCAGCAGGUAACGGCACUGCUGGCCGAACUGGGCGAAGAAGCGGACGAGCAGGACGCACGGGAUGCCCUGACGGCGGUCAACUGGGAUCACACGCUGGCCGUGCGAUACUUCAAAAUUGAGCGGCUUUCUCGCCUCGGCGUGGCAAAUCGAACCAAGUGCGAAGAAGCACUGUUGAAAACGGGUUGGAGUGUUCAGCUUGCGGCUUCCAUACUGCUGGAGACUUAAGGCGUCUUUACUUGUCACGAGCGGUGCUCUCCGUCGUCGUUCGGUAAGCAAGCGCACAUUGCCGAUUUGUUAUUACUCCGGUUGAGCAACGAUCACAUUUUUUGCGAUCUCUAAUUUGAUCGAAUUAUACACAUAGGAAGUCAUUGCUGGACAGUGAGGAAUGCCUCUGUUUUUAGCCUUUUCGAUUCACCUUUUACCGCACGGCAAUGUAGAUAUUUAUUUUAGUUGAAUAAUGGUACGAAUUAAGCUGGAGAUCAUGAUAUACCGAACCUACUUCUCUCAAAGAAAGCAAUCCUCGAAUAAGCUGUUACGAAUCUCAAUUACUCAAUCGAUGCCAAUUGACAGUCGAAUUCAAUUAUCGAAAUUAGCUAAAUCGAUUUCUCUAGCCCAAAGUGCACGCAAGAAUCUCUAACGGAAAUCGGAAUCAAUCAAGCAAUUAAAUGCUCUCUCUCUCCCACCCUCGGUAAAGUAUUAUUAUACGUAUAAACGGUUUUGAUGUACAAAAUCACUGAAUAAACGCCACAUCUUGAACGGUAUCAGGUACGAAGCUCUACCAUAAAAUAAUUCUCAGGGUGGCAGACAUGCGAUGCGAUACGACGAAGCGGGUGUGAAGUAAAAUUGAAAAUUCGAGAGCUUUUUUUUCACCGACCGAAAGCUGAUCCGAUCGGCGGGAAAACAAUAGUCAUUAUAGGGGGGAGCCGAACCGUCUUCGUUCGAGAACAAGAUGUUUUACCGAUUAAAAAUUGGUCUGCUGCUGUAGUAUACUAACUACAGGUACCGAAGCCGAACAUAAUUUUAUAACCGUUUUGCUCUUUCGCUUGUGUAGGUACCUACAUUACGAAUGCCUAUAGUUAGAUAGAUUUGAUGAUGAAAGCCGCCAGUAACAGAAAUCCAGUUAUGGAUGGGUACGAAUCAAGCAUUCGGACGCCAUCAAUUAUUAAUCUAUCCGCUGUUGUUAUACUAAACCAAGACCCUUCAGUAUCGCUAUACCUUCGCAGAAGGAAUGUGCGGUUAGUUUUAUCGAUCGCCUAAAAGGGGCGAUCAAUUAGUUUCGGGAGAAGAAGUUCCCACUACUAACUAGAGAGCAUUGGAACAAAUGGGCAAGGAUUCUAACUGAAAUAGUCUAUUUACAUGUUACGAGAGUGCUUUAAGAUAUAUACAUUUUAAACUCAAGAA